UGGGACUGGGGGUGGCUUCAGGCGGAGGCGACAGCGGCUCGAGUGUAGGAGGAGGGGGCAGAAAUAGAAACAGAAACAGACAGAGACAGGCGGGCGGGUGGGAAAACAAACAAUAAUGGAAUAAGAGAGAAAAUGGCAGCAAUAGUCCCCUUUCUUAUAAAAAUAUCAAAAGACUCGUAAUUGGGAGGUUGCGGAGAAUCCGGGUUCUUAUUAUUUUAUUAACAAUAACAAGAGUAACUUUGUUUUUCGGGCUGGGGUUUAAAAUGUAUUAUUUUUGCGGGGUGAAAGAUCUAGAGACAAACGGGACAAAAUCCCCGAAUAACUGACCGUCUCCUCCAGACCUUUCACUUAUUUCCUCCCUUUUUUUUUAACCCGCUCUUUACUAUUUUCUUCCUCUUGUGCGUCUCGGUGUCGUCGCAGACCAUUGCGUCUGCUCUGUUUGUGCAGUUUUUUUUUACUAACGCGCACCGCCGCCAUAUUGUUGUGUGGCUCGGUCCUGGUGAGAACGGGGUUGAUGUUUGGGGUGGAUUCUCUUCAAGGUUGACAGGAACGAAUAAAAAGAGAGGGGUGGGGGGAAGAGGGGUGAAGAAAAGAAGAAGAGACAGCGGGAGAGGGGAAAAAAACCUGAAGUCGUUUCCCUUCCCCUUUUCCCCCUUACCCCCUGUUUCACACUCGCCCUCCCUACGCAACCCAGGCUCACAGUCCUGGAAAAGGAGACCUAAUUCCUGGCUGUGCAAUGGUCUCUGCAAAACAACCUGGGCUCGAGGUGGUGCUUUUAUGUACAGAUCUAAAUUUGUUUCGCAUCUUCGGUGAGGAGGCAGUUUAUUUUUCUCUUUCAACAACCACAUAGCCAGACAAAAUUGCAAAGAUCUGUCCAGUGGCGAGUAUGACAGCCACGACCCGUGGCUCUCCUGUAGGAGGGAAUGACAACCAAGGCCAGGCGCCUGAUGGACAGUCUCAGCCUCCUCUCCCACAGAAUCAGACGUCUUCUCCAAAUACAUCCAGUGAGAACUCGCCAGUGAGCCCUCCUGAUGAACAAGGUCAGGGUGAUGCUCCUCCUCAACUUGAGGAGGAGGAGCCUGCUUUUCCUCACACUGAUUUGGCCAAGCUGGAUGAUAUGAUUAAUAGACCUCGUUGGGUAGUUCCAGUGUUGCCUAAAGGUGAAUUGGAAGUCCUACUAGAAGCUGCUGUAGAUCUUAGUAAAAAAAGCCUUGAUAUCAAAAGUGAAGCAUGUCAGCGCUUUUUCCGUGAUGGUCUCACAAUUUCCUUCACAAAAAUUCUAACCGAUGAGGCUGUGAGUGGUUGGAAGUUUGAAAUCCAUAGGUGUAUUAUAAAUAAUACUCACCGCCUCAUAGAACUGUGUGUGGCCAAGCUGUCCCAAGACUGGUUUCCACUUCUUGAACUUCUUGCUAUGGCCUUAAAUCCUCACUGCAAAUUUCAUAUCUACAAUGGUACACGCCCAUCUGAGACUGUUCCUGCAGGAGUCCAACUAGCUGAAGAUGAACUCUUUGCUCGACCGCCUGAUCCACGUUCACCAAAGGGUUGGCUUGUGGAUCUCAUCAACAAGUUUGGAACAUUGAAUGGAUUUCAGAUUCUACAUGAUCGAUUUGUCAGUGGUUCAGCGUUAAAUGUUCAGAUAAUUGCAGCACUCAUCAAACCUUUUGGACAGUGUUAUGAAUUUCUUACCUUGCACACAGUGAAGAAAUACUUCCUUCCUAUAAUUGAAAUGGUUCCACAGUUUCUAGAAAAUCUGACGGAUGAGGAGCUGAAAAAAGAAGCGAAGAAUGAAGCCAAAAAUGAUGCAUUAUCUAUGAUAAUAAAAUCACUGAAAAACUUAGCUUCACGGGUUCCUGGGCAGGAGGAAACUGUCAAAAAUUUAGAAAUAUUUAGGCUAAAAAUGAUACUAAGGUUGUUACAAAUUUCAUCUUUUAAUGGAAAAAUGAAUGCACUAAAUGAAGUUAACAAGGUGAUUUCCAGUGUCUCUUAUUAUACUCAUCGCCAUGGCAGUCCCGAAGAAGAAGAAUGGUUGACAGCGGAGAGAAUGGCAGAGUGGAUUCAACAAAACAACAUCUUGUCGAUUGUAUUACGUGACAGUCUACAUCAGCCACAAUAUGUUGAGAAACUAGAGAAAAUACUUCGCUUUGUCAUUAAAGAAAAAGCACUCACCCUCCAAGAUCUUGACAACAUUUGGGCCGCACAGGCUGGUAAACAUGAAGCAAUUGUGAAGAAUGUCCAUGACCUCCUUGCAAAAUUGGCUUGGGAUUUUUCUCCAGAACAGCUUGAUCACCUUUUUGAUUGCUUUAAGGCAAGUUGGACAAAUGCAAGUAAAAAGCAACGUGAAAAGCUGUUAGAGUUGAUUCGUCGCCUUGCUGAGGAUGACAAAGAUGGUGUGAUGGCACACAAAGUGUUGAACCUCCUGUGGAAUUUAGCACACAGUGAUGAUGUCCCUGUUGACAUCAUGGACCAGGCUUUAAGUGCGCACAUCAAAAUCCUGGAUUAUAGCUGUUCUCAGGACCGAGACACUCAAAAGAUCCAGUGGAUAGAUCGUUUUGUUGAGGAACUACGUACCAAUGAUAAAUGGGUCAUUCCUGCUUUGAAACAAAUUAGGGAAAUCUGUAGCCUAUUUGGAGAAGCACCACAGAAUUUAAGCCAGACCCAAAGAAGUCCUCAUGUGUUCUAUCGACAUGACUUGAUUAACCAACUUCAACACAAUCAUUCAUUGGUCACUUUGGUAGCUGAAAACCUGUCUGCUUAUAUGGAAAAUAUAAGACAAUUCCAUAAAGAGUACCCAGAGUAUGAUCCACAAACUGUACGAUCAGGGAGUCGGUAUAGCCAUGUGCAAGAGGUCCAAGAGCGACUAAAUUUCUUGAGAUUUUUAUUGAAGGAUGGCCAGUUGUGGUUGUGUGCUCCUCAAGCCAAGCAAAUCUGGAAGUGCUUAGCUGAGAAUGCUGUCUACCUUUGCGAUCGUGAAGCCUGUUUUAAAUGGUUUUCUAAGUUGAUGGGAGAUGAACCUGACUUAGACCCAGACAUAAACAAGGACUUUUUUGAAAAUAAUGUCCUGCAACUGGAUCCUUCUCUCUUAACUGAAAAUGGAAUGAAGUGCUUUGAGAGGUUUUUCAAAGCUGUGAACUGUCGUGAAGGGAAGCUUGUAGCAAAACGGCGUGCUUAUAUGAUGGAUGAUCUAGAAUUAAUAGGACUGGAAUAUCUUUGGAGGGUGGUAAUUCAAGGAAGUGAUGACAUUGCAAGUAGAGCAAUAGACCUGCUAAAAGAAAUAUACACAAAUCUUGGUCCACGAUUGCAGGUUAAUCAGGUCGAGAUUCAUGAAGACUUCAUUCAGUCGUGUUUUGAUCGAUUGAAGGCCUCUUAUGAUACACUGUGUGUACUAGAUGGUGACAAAGACAGUAUUAAUUGUGCAAGGCAGGAGGCAAUACGGAUGGUACGUGUAUUGACAGUGUUGCGUGAGUACAUAAAUGAGUGCGACAGUGACUACCAUGAAGAACGGACGAUUCUACCAAUGUCUAGAGCUUUUCGUGGAAAACAUGUAUCUCUUGUUGUACGAUUUCCAAAUCAAGGACGUCAAGUGGAAGAUUUGGAUAUUUGGUCUCACACAAAUGACACCAUUGGGUCUGUUAGACGCUGUAUCCUCAGUAGAAUAAAAGCAAACAGUGCACAUACAAAAGUAGAACUAUUUAUUGGUGGUGAACUUGUAGACCCUGCUGACGAUCGGAAAUUAAUCGGACAGUUAAAUCUUAAAGAUAAAACUCUUAUUACAGCCAAGCUAACACAGAUAAGUUCAAAUAUGCCUUCAAGCCCUGAUAGCUCUUCAGAUUCUUCAACGGGCUCCCCUGGAAAUCAUGGUAACCACUACAGUGAUGGUCCAAAUCCUGAGGUAGAAAGCUGCUUACCAGGAGUGAUAAUGUCCUUACACCCGCGAUACAUUUCCUUUCUUUGGCAAGUUGCGGAUCUGGGCAGUAGCCUAAACAUGCCACAGCUGAGAGAUGGUGCUCGCAUUCUUAUGAAGCUCAUGCCUCCUGAUAACACUACAGUCGAAAAACUUCGUGCUAUUUGCUUGGAUCAUGCAAAGCUCGGGGAGAGCAGCCUCAGUCCAAAUCUUGACUCACUUUUUUUUGGACAAUCUGCCUCUCAAGUGUUAUACCUAACUGAGGUGGUGUAUGCUUUGUUAAUGCCUGCCAGUGCACCUUUGGGAGAAGAUGCAAGUGAUUUCCAGUACAACUUUUUGAAAAGUGGAGGUGUAUUCCUUGUUCUUGGCAUACUAACCAGGAAUAACUUUAUGCUAAAUGCAGACAUGGAGACUCGAAGGGCUGCGUAUCUCAAUGCAUUAAAAAUAGCCAAAUUAUUGCUCACAGCAGUUGGAUAUGGUCAUGUUAGAGCUGUGGCAGAAGCAUUUCAGCCAGUUGUGGAAGGUUCCAGUACUGUUUCACCAAUAAAUCAUGCUACUCAUAGUCAGGCUGUAGUUCUACAGAAUGCUCUGCAUAACAUUCCGAACCCUACUUCAGAAUGUAUGUUGCGAAAUGUUGCCAUUCGUCUGGCACAGCAGAUUUCAGAUGAGGCUUCAAAAUACAUCCCAGACAUUUGUGUUAUUAGAGCAGUACAAAAGAUUAUCUGGGCCUCUGGCUGUGGUUCAAUACAGCUUGUGUUCAGUUCAAGCGAAGAGAUUAGCAAGAUAUAUGAGAAAACUAAUGCAGGAAAUGAACCAGAUUCUGAAGAUGAGCAUGUUUGCUGUGAAGCACUGGAAGUGAUGACGUUGUGCUUUGCACUGGUUCCAACGGCGCUUGAUACACUUAGUAAAGAAAAAGCAUGGCAGACCUUCAUAAUAGAUUUGCUACUGCAUUGUCACAGCAAAUUAGUUAGACAAAUGGCCCAAGAGCAGUUCUUCUUGAUGGCUACCAGAUGCUGUAUGGGACAUCGACCUCUGCUUUUCUUCAUUACUCUACUCUUCACAGUGCUGGCAAGUACUGCAAGAGAGAGAGCAAAGCAUUCAGCAGACUACUUCACACUGUUGAGGCAUCUUCUUAAUUAUGCAUACAACAGUAACAUUAACCUGCCCAAUGCAGAAGUUCUGCUCAACAACGAAAUUGACUGGCUCAAGCGGAUUAGAGAUGAGGUGAAAAGAACAAGUGAAACUGGUGUUGAAGAAACAAUUCUAGAAGGUCAUCUUGGAGUUACAAAGGAGCUAUUGGCAUUCCAGACACCUGAAAAGAAAUAUCAUAUGGGGUCAGAGAAGGGUGGAGCAAAUCUCAUUAAGGAACUGAUAGAUGACUUCAUAUUUCCAGCCUCUAAUGUUUAUCUACAGUACAAGAAAAGCGGAGAAUUGCCAUCUGAACAGGCCAUUCCUGUCUGUAGUGCACCUGCUGCAAUCAAUGCCAGCUUUGAGUUGUUGGUAGCACUGGCUGUUGGCUGUGUGCAAAACCUCAAACAAAUAGUCGACACUAUGACGGAUAUGUAUUAUGCAGGUUGUGAAGCAUUGACAGAGUGGGAAUACUUGCCACCAGUAGGACCACGUCCAUCAAAAGGAUUUGUAGGAUUAAAGAAUGCUGGUGCGACAUGCUACAUGAAUUCUGUUAUUCAGCAGCUAUACAUGAUCCCUGCUAUUAGAAAUGGUAUCCUUACAAUUGAAGGCACUGGUAGUGAUGUUGAUGAUGAUACAUCUGGUGAUGAGAAACAGGAUAAUGAGAGCAAUGUCGAUCCUAGAGAUGAUGUUUUUAGUUACCACCACCAUUAUGACAAACCUGUAAUUGGAAAAACUGAAGAUCGAAAGGAAUACAAUAUUGGGGUCCUGAGACAUCUGCAAGUCAUUUUUGGACAUUUGGCUGCCUCAAGAUUGCAGUACUAUGUGCCUAGAGGUUUCUGGAAACAGUUCAGGCUUUGGGGUGAACCAGUCAACCUUCGAGAGCAACAUGAUGCUUUGGAAUUCUUCAACUCUUUAGUAGAUAGUCUGGAUGAAGCUUUGAAAGCUCUUGGACAUGCAACUAUGCUCAGCAAAGUUCUUGGAGGUUCCUUUGCUGAUCAGAAGAUUUGUCAAGGCUGUCCACACAGAUAUGAAUGUGAGGAAUCCUUCACAACACUGAAUGUUGACAUUAGAAAUCAUCAAAAUCUGCUUGAUUCACUCGAACAGUAUGUCAAAGGAGACCUACUGGAAGGUGCCAAUGCAUACCAUUGUGAGAAAUGCAACAAAAAGGUUGAUACAGUGAAGCGUUUACUAAUCAAGAAACUGCCACCAGUUUUAGCAAUUCAACUGAAGCGAUUUGACUAUGACUGGGAAAGGGAAUGUGCAAUUAAAUUCAAUGACUAUUUUGAAUUUCCACGAGAGCUGGAUAUGGAACCUUACACUGUGGCUGGGGUUGCCAAAUUGGAAGGGGAUGACAUCAACCCAGAAAAUCAAUUGAUUCAAAAUGAACAGCCAGAUAACGAGCAGCCUGGUAGCACUAAAUAUAGACUGGUUGGUGUAUUAGUGCAUAGUGGUCAGGCAAGUGGAGGACAUUAUUAUUCAUACAUCAUUCAACGAAAUGGUGGAGAUGGUGAGAAAAACAAAUGGUAUAAGUUUGAUGAUGGUGAUGUAACUGAGUGCAAAAUGGAUGAUGAUGAAGAAAUGAAAAACCAGUGCUUUGGUGGCGAGUAUAUGGGUGAAGUUUUUGACCAUAUGAUGAAACGAAUGUCAUACAGGCGGCAAAAGCGAUGGUGGAAUGCUUACAUACUAUUUUAUGAACGUAUGGACACACUCGCUAAAGAUAAUGAAUUAAUUAAGUACAUUUCUGAGCUGGAGAUUAGUAUAAAACCACACCAGAUAAAAAUGCCAAGUGUCAUUGAACGAAGUGUACGGAAACAGAAUGUGCAGUUCAUGCACAAUAGAAUGCAGUAUAGCCUGGAGUAUUUCCAAUUUAUUAAGAAACUACUGACCUGUAACAGUGUCUACCUGAAUCCUCCACCUGGGCAAGAUCAUCUCUUACCAGAAGCUGAAGAACUGGCUAUGAUCAGUAUUCAACUUGCUGCGAGAUUUUUGUUUAAUACUGGGUUUCACACAAAGAAAAUAGUCCGUGGUCCAGCAAGUGAAUGGUAUGAUGCAUUGUGUAUCCUGCUCCGUCACAGCAAGAAUGUACGCUGUUGGUUUGCACAUAAUGUUCUUUUUGCCUAUCCAAAUCGCUUCUCAGAGUACCUUCUGGAAUGCCCCAGUACAGAAGUGAGGAGUGCUUUUGCUAAGCUCAUUGUAUUUAUUGCACAUUUCUCCUUGCAAGAUGGACCAUGCCCCUCCCCUUUUGCAUCCCCAGGACCAUCCACUCAGGCUUUCGAUAAUUUAAGUCUCAGCGAUCACCUUCUCAGAGCUGUUCUGAACCUACUCCGACGAGAAGUUUCUGAACAUGGACGGCACUUGACACAGUACUUCAACCUCUUUGUUAUGUAUGCCAAUCUGGGUGUGGCUGAGAAGACACAGUUAUUAAAGCUGAAUGUGCCUGCAACAUUUAUGCUUGUAGCUUUGGAUGAAGGCCCAGGGCCACCUAUCAAAUACCAGUAUGCGGAACUGGGAAAACUUUACGCUGUGGUGUCACAGUUGGUUCGUUGCUGUGAUGUAUCAUCACGCAUGCAGUCUUCAAUUAAUGGAAAUCCACCCUUAUCAAAUCCCUAUGGUGAUCCUAACUUGUCUCAACCUAUAAUGACUAUCCAGCAGAGUGUUGCAGACAUCCUGUUUGUACGAACUAGUUAUGUGAAAAAGAUUAUUGAAGACUGCAGCAAUUCUGAAGAAACCAUCAAAUUGCUUCGCUUCUGUUGCUGGGAAAAUCCACAGUUCUCUUCCACUGUGCUCAGUGAACUCCUCUGGCAGUUAAUAUAUAAGUAUACUCCUGAAUCAAAGACCUAUAUUGUUUUAUAUAUAAAUAUGUUUUUGAGUGCCUCAACAUUUUGCAAAUGUAUCUUUUCCUAUAGGAUUCACAAUGCACUGAAAGGGAUUCCUGAUGACAGAGACGGACUGUUUGACACCAUCCAGCGUUCUAAAAACCACUAUCAGAAGAGAGCAUACCAGUGUAUUAAAUGCAUGGUUGCCCUCUUCAGCUCAUGUCCUGUAGCCUACCAGAUCCUUCAGAGUAAUGGGGAUCUGAAAAGGAAAUGGACCUGGGCAGUUGAGUGGCUUGGAGAAGAGCUGGAACGUCGGCCGUAUCCUGGAAAUCCACAGUAUACCUAUAACAACUGGUCACCCCCUGUACAAAGCAACGAAACAUCAAAUGGUUACUUCUUGGAGAGGUCACACAGUGCCAGGAUGACUCUUGCAAAAGCAUGUGAGCUAUGUCCAGAAGAGGAGCCAGAUGAUCAAGAUGCACCAGAUGAUCAUGAUUCUUCCCCACCAGAAGAUGCUCCUUUGUAUCCCCAUUCACCAAGCUCUCAAUAUCAACAGAAUAACCAUUUGCAUGGUCAGCCAUACACCGGCCCUGUGGCACAUCAUAUGAACAAUCCUCAGCGCACGGGUCAGCGAACUCAAGAAAAUUGGGAAAGCAGUGAAGACAUUCCUGCAUCACAGGCAAAAGAUUAACUUGCAGAUAGUUCUCCAAUGUACCUGAUAAAGACACUGGCUCGAGCACGUGCCCAGGCCUUACAGUUCAACCUCCUCUGGGUCUGUCUACACCAGUGCAAGAAACACCUUUUAAAAACAAAAACUGUCCAAUCUGGAAUGGAGAGUCUAUUCACUGUCUGCCCUGCAGAGCAAUGCUGUUGACAUAUAACUUGCCUGCAGUGGGAAAAAGUGUAUAGUGUUUUGUAAUAAAUGGCCCGAUGCUAAUGUAUAAAUGGCAAGGUGUAUAUAGUAUAUUAAUGUUUGACUGUUAAAUCCUCAGCAAUGUUGAUUUGCUUGAGGAGUGUUGCAGACCUACAAAACACACAAAAUCUAAUCUUUGCUUUAUCAGCUGUGCUCAGCAUUGAGGGUCAUCUGCCUACCGGCAGUGUGAAUCAAAUUAUUUUCAAAAUACAUGGCCAUUUCAACCAGACAGAAAAAGGUUAACUCAUGCCACCAGAGUUGCUUUUACUUUGAGUUAUUUGAUGGUGACUUUUUAACAUUUGGUUGAUGUGGGACAAUGGUGAUGUAAUGUUAAUCUGGAACUUUUUUCAUUGCCUUUUUUCAUUCUGAUAUUAGUUGAAUCAUUUUGAAGCUCUAGUUAUGCUGUAACAUUUAGCAUGGCUUCACAUCAAAUUAGUGUAGCCAAUGAGAAAAAAUGAUUCUAAUGACAGCAGUUUUUAAUCCCUGAGCAACAAAUGCUGUGCUCAGUUUUUUUUGUUACACCUUGAUGGUUCAAUUGGAGAAAAAUGUGAGUAUAAGUUGCUUUCAAUUGCACAUAUAUUCAAAUCUAAUAUUUGGCAGUCUAUGGGUGGGAUAAAGGAUUAUUAGUUUUGGAUUUAUAGGAAUUUAAAGGAGGAAAAAUAUAUGCAACAGUUGCUAUGCCAGGAUGCCUGGAGCAUAAUAGACAGUACUUGGUGUGCUUGUUUUAUUUCCUUGGUAGAGCUUACUUAGAUUAACUUCUAAACUUCCCUCCUACUGCAGCCCAGUGAAGUAGAAGUCCAGAUGUACAUGACUGCCACUGGGCCGGGGUGGGUAAGAGGGUGGGGGGAGGGGGGAGAUGCAGAUUGCUAGUGUGUUGCAUUCACAAUUCUACUUGAAAGCAAUUGUCUUAGCUCCUUGUCCAUCCUGUCAGACUAAUUCAGACAUAAGCAGGGUUGUAAUUUUAAAAGAAAAACUGCUGGUUAGUCAUGAUUCUGCAGGAUUCUCGAUUCCAAAACUAGACUUUUGUUUAUGGAUUUUGAGGAAAUAAUCAGUAAAUACUGUAUUUAAAAAGGAAUAGAAAUUGGUAACUUGAAUGUGUAUUUUUUUGGAAUUUGUCUCAAACCAAAUACCCCUGCAAAACAGACUCAACCCACCCUAUUAUAUUUAAAUAUUUUGCAGUUUUAUUUUAUAGAAAUUAUUUUGCUGAAUUCAAAAAGAACAUGAAUUAAAAGGAUCAUUUUAUCCUAUGUUCUUAUUUAAAAAAAAUAUUAAAAAAAAAUGACUGUGCAGAGUUCCAUGCCAAGUUUUGCUGGCUUUUGUUUUGCUGAUAACGUGGCGUUGAAUUCUGAAACUACAGUCACACUGUGACCUUUCACCUGGUAUUUUUUUGUGCACAGAGGUAUACUUACAACUAAACUCCCCCUAGCAACAAUAAAGAAAUUGAAAUAUUGACACAGUGAA